GAUGAAUACAUAAAAAUUGAGAACGGAGGCUAUCAUAUAUCCGCAAAAGCCUUAAGGAUCGUAUGGGGCAAUGAUAACCGUUUCUGGGAAUGGAUUAAGCUAUCAAAAGAAGACUCUUGCUUUGAGAUUGGUGCGGAGCUGAUUCAAGUGAACUGGAUGGAGGUAACCGGUUCCCUAAACUUGGAGAAAUUUCAGCUCGAUCCACUGAAGACUUAUGAAAUAAUUUACGUAAUAAAGUUCAAAAUUGACGCAUUUGGCUGGCGUUCUUCUCCCAUCACAUUUGAGCUCUCCACCUCCGAAGGAAAGAGCAGCAGAAACGAAGUAUAUUUGGAGAAGCACAUAAAGGAGGACAUAAACUGGAAUGAGAUCUGUGGAGCAGAGUUCAGCUUAGCUUCUUCAGAAAUGAGGGGGAAGAAGAUUGAGUUUGGGAUGAAGGAGGUGAAGACUGAGUGGUGGAAGGGAGGAAUAGUUCUGGAAGGAGUGAGGAUUAGGCCUAAGAUUAUUGCUAAAUGAUGAUUAAUUUAUGAUUAACUUAUGAUUAGUGUGUUGUUUUACUGUAAGUUUUUUGCUGUAAUUUUUUUGGUGAUGUGUGUGAGUUUGUGGGCUUGGUCUGGCUAGCUGUUUGAUUAUGAUAUGUAGUGUGUUGUGCUUUGUUAUAAUAUGUUGAGUUUAUUUAUUUA